GCCACGUAUACAUCACUUGAUAACUUGAGGUACAGACUGCGUUUAACCAUGUCUAAAACCAAUGUGAAAACUAAGGUCCAAAAUGCGUUUGACCAGUUCUGUGAAGGAUAUCGAACAAAAGACAUGAAGAUGAUGUUAGAUACUAUGAGAUCUGAUGCUCAGUAUUUGGCUCCAGAAGAAAAACUUGCAACUGGAAAAGAAGACAUUGCCAAGAUCAUAAAAAAAUAUCUUGAAAAGUACAUUGAUGUCAACAUUGAUGUACAUGAAACUGGUUUAGCAAGUGAAGAUGGACAUGUUUACUCACUCGGUGCCUAUCGCAUACACAAAGCUGAUGGUUCGGCUAUUGAGACUGGUAAAACAUUAACCAUCUGGGAUAUGAAAGACGACCAGUGCUUGCUAUAUAGAAACAUGUGGAAUGGAGACAGCGCAUAGAUAAAGGAUGCUGUGAUCAUGAUGCCGUUGUCGGCAACUGAAUUUAAUUUACUCCUGAAAAUUCCGCCUAAAAUAUAAGUCAAUGCAUUAUUUUCCAAAGAGAAAGCUCUAAUGCAAUAAAAUGAUUACUUU